AUAUUUUUAGGAGUUAAAAUCUGGGAAAGUGCACCAUAAUUUCCACGUAGAUUCAACCCCAAUCCUUUGUAUAAUUGUAUAUACCACUGUCAGUAAUACAUCUAUUUAUUAUCGUCGUGGCUUUGAGCAUCAGCACCAAUCAAACCCCGUGAUGGAGUUUUUCACCAAAACGAUGGUCGUCAAGCUGCAUAGCCACCUCGACAAGUUCCUCGUCGCCGACGACGAUGCCGGGAAGGUCCGGCAAAGCAGAAAGGGUUCCGGCAGAAGAGCGAAGUGGACGGUGGAGACUGUAGAGGGAGCGAACAAGGUGAGGCUCAAGAGCUGCCACGGGAAGUACUUAACGGCGGCGGAAACGCCGUUUCUGUUGGGGAUGACGGGGAAAACGGUGGUACAAACGGAGUACGAAGCGGCGUCGUAUUGGAGGUACGAGUGGGAAGUGAUACGCGACGGGUUUCAGGUGAAGUUGAGGAGUUGGAGUGGGAAGUACUUGAGGGGGAACGGAGGAACGCCACCGUGGAGGAACUCGGUGACGCACGAUGAUCCUCAUAGUUCGGCGACGCAAAAUUGGGUUCUCUGGGAUGUGGAAGCUGUUGAGGAUGAGGAUGAUCAUGAGUUCUCUGGGAUCAGUGUCGUUUCGUCUUUUGCUUCUGAUGAUCUCUCCAACGGUUCUGAUCCCGCGUCGCCUAUGUCCGUUUUCUCGCUCAGGUCGCCGCCGGGGAGACUCAACUCCAAGCUGCAAAUACAGACAAUAAGUUCGAACAAGUUCAGGACGGGCAUGGACUUCUUCUACCGCGCCAAGGCGGUGCGGCUCCGGAGCCACCAUGAAAAGUACCUUCUAGCGGAGGAGGACGAGGAAUCGGUUACCCAAGACAGACACGGGUCCUCUAAAAGCGCACGGUGGUAUGUGGAGUACGUACCCGAAUACGACAACAUAAUUCGCCUGAAAAGCUGUUACGGCAAGUACCUAACCGCUUCGAACCACCUAUUCUUGCUGGGCAUGACGGGUCACAAGGUGCUCCAGACCCAACCUCCGAGGCUCGACUCAUCGGUUGAGUGGGAACCCAUCAAGGACGGUGGGCGCGUGAAGCUCAAGACCCGUUACGGAAACUUCCUCAGAGCCAAUGGGGGUUUGCCACCUUGGAGGAACUCCGUUACGCAUGAUAUUCCGCACAGGACCGUUACGCAGGAUUGGAUCUUGUGGGAUGUUGAUGUUGUCGAGAUUCAUGUCAAUUCCCCUGUUCAAAGACCUUCUGCUCCACCCUUGCCUCUUCCGGAUUCUGUUCAUGACCACACCAACGCGCCUUCACCACUCACUGUGUCUGCUAGCUUUUCAAGCCAACAGUCGAAUGAUCGGAAUGGUUGGUCGCCGAAGGUGGAGGGGAGAACUAUAUACUAUCACAUUGCUGAGGACAAUGGAGAGGUUUUGGAUGCAGAUAUGCAGGGGUAUUCUUUGAAUUUUAAAGGGAAUGGAGUUGAAGAACUGACUCGAAAGUUUGAGGAAGAGACAGGGCUAGAGGGAGUCAUUGUGUGCAAUCGGAGUCCUUUGAAUGGAAUGCUUUAUCCUCUGCGCUUGCAGCUUCCUCCAAACAAUGUCACCAUGCAGGUUGUUUUGGUUCUGCCCAUGUCAAAAGUGGCAAGAGACUUUGAGGCACAAGGUUUACUGUGAGAAGCCUAAGAGUUUUGCAAAGCAUGCGUAUGUAUAUACCGAUCGAAGCCUGUGUUUGAGCUUUAUGUGAAAGCAUUUAGAAUUUAGAAUAUGUUGUACUACUCCAUUGUAUUUAGUAACCAGAGUUCAACAUGGUCCUGUGGAGGCAGCUUAAAGUUUCCAUGGAAUGGAUCAUAACAGCAAUAUUCGUUCAUCAAUGACAUCCAGUGGGUUAUAGGCGAUUCUGAUGUUGAACUUUAAUUGGGCUUCUUUUUCAUCAACUCAAGCUUUAAUAUAACCCUGUGUUGCAUGGAUUUAAAGGAAUUUUGUUGUUUGAUGGCCUUUGUAAUUUUCUGUGCUUCCUUAUUUUUCUUUAGGCAACACUACGACAUGUACAUUUAAGUUUUGUCCGUAUUGGAGGCAGUUUUUUUUUAUUUUUUUUUAUCAGAUAUGAAUUUCUAAUAUAAAUUUAGAAGCAUUUUUU